AAACAAGUUGUGCUCAUAGGGGAGGAGGAGCUCAAACUGGUUCAAUACCGGAAACCUCGCCUCUGUUGCUCUCUCUCAGCCUUCAAGUUUCAACCCUCCGGUAGUGAAAACUCAGCUUCUCAUCUCUGAGAUGAGUGCCACAAAAGCUUCAUUACCUAAGCUGAAUACCACAGGCAGCUGGCAGGAGAGAGAAAUGGGUAAAAUGCUCCAAGGAAAAUGUCUCAGAAUCGUCUCCCGUGAGUCUCUUGUUAAGCUUUACUGCUGCUAUGGAGUGAUCACGGUCCUCACUGUAGCUGUAGUUGCUCUUUCUGCUGCUUUGUUAGCAAGAAAGACAGAACAGAUCUCAAUCAAAAAUACCUAUGCUGCUUGCCCAAGAAACUGGAUUGGAUUUGGAAAUAAAUGUUUUUAUUUUUCUGAACACCUAAGAAACUGGACAUUGGCCCAGGACUUCUGCAUGGCACACGAGGCCCAACUAGCUCGGUUUGACAACCAGGAGGAUCUGGUAGGAAAUGGGCAGGGAUGGGUUUGUCUGUUUGUUCUGUUGAAUAUUACAUUGCCUUGAGAUAGGGAGGCUGCAGAUGAGGCAUGAGGAAGGAGC